AUGACUUCGCCCGUAAAUGAGCCCGAGGGCCCAAGUCGCCCAAAAUCGCCGCGUCCAGACCCCCACGCUCCCGACGAGCCUGCUCCUCCGCCAGUCGCGAUGGAUUCGAAUACGACACCUGCGGCGGAGGUCAAACCCGAAUCCCAGGAUCAGACUGGAGGUCCGAAAGACGAGGCAGAACCAGACCACGAUGCUGCCGCCGCCACCGCAAACCCGGAACCGUCAGUCGCGAUGGGCUCUACCGCAUCCGAGCCGCCGGCUGAAGGUAGACCGCAGACUCCAAAACCCGAUCCCGCUGCUCCAUCAAAAAGCCUGGAUACCUCAGCUCUACCGCAAACGCCUGCUGAGAACGCAUCCCAAUUGCCGGCACCUCAGCCGGGCACCGCAACAAGCCAGUAUCAGACUGUGGCGGACCUUCAACCAUUCCAAGCGAACCUUCUCGCCGCUAUCUCCCAGGGCGAACAGGCGCUAACCGCAGGCAUGACAACGCCUAUGGUCGGUCUAAAUGGAGCGGGUAACAUGGGACAGACCUUCAUCGACUGGGACCUCGCGGCGAAGAAUCCCGACGCCAUGACAAGCACAAUGAUUGCUUUUCACCAGAUCAUCAUGUCGUCGGUGACGACAGCAUCACCUGCGCAGCUUCUCAUGGCUAUGAAAAAUGACGGAAACCAACAGUCCUUGAACCGAGCUGCGAAUAUGCAGCCGACUAUCAAUCCCUCGAAUGUCAUCUUGCCCAUCCAGCAAAACGGGGGCGCAAAUUCCCUGGCUGUCAACAACAGCGGCCAGAUGGAUGGGGCUCAGAUUACUCCGUCCAAGGGACUCGAGUCCUUUGCUCGCAUAGAGUUUGCCGACAGUAUCUUCCAGGUGACUACGUACGAAGUCGUGAUUGGUCGCGACUAUAAAGCCAUGGUUGAGCAGAAGAAAGCAGAAGACCGAAGGGCUGCACAUCGAGAGAGGGUUCUGCAGGCCCAACGAGAAGGCUUGCCGGAGCCUGAAAUGGAGCCAGAGGAACUGUUCCAGGCACGGGAGAAAUAUAGCAAGUCGUACGUGUCCGAGGAAGGUGGCAUGCUUGGUCCAGCAUCGUCUGAGUCGGAUAACCCAGACAAACCCCCGCGCAAACGACGGAAGAGAGCACGGGCAACAGACAAACGAGGGCAGUCUCCAUUGAAUAAUGGCACUCGAGGCAACUCCCCAGCGAACGGACGUCUAUUAGGUUUAUUACCUGACAGGCAAUACGUGGAACAUACACCAGGCGCCGCCAAGGUUGACUUGGAAAAGCUCAAACCAUCGCCUCAUCAGCGAGCCGACGUCCGCAUACAUUCUCCCAGGUACUCGGGGACAAGGUCAAUAUCCCGAGAGCACCUCAAGAUUCUGUUUAAUCCAGACAAACAAGUCUUCGAAGCGACCUGCCUUGGGAGGAACGGUUUCUUUUAUGACGAUGUCUUCCAUACCGAAAUGACGACCGUGGUACUCCGCAGCGGUUGCAUGCUUCAAAUCAGUGAUGUCGAGUUCCAGUUCUUCAUCAACGGAGUCAAGGAUGGCGAGACAGGCGCAGAAGACUACCCUGAAGAGCAACCCUUACGCCCGCAUUCGGAGGGUGGCAAGGAGAUGAGCUUUGAGUUCGAGAGUGCUCAUGGCGGUGACGCACGCAGCACUACAAGCGAAUCGGGAGAUGAAGAGGCUCAAGCGCAGGCGGCUGAACCGGAUAGCGAUGACGAGCCUCUAUCCGAUCUCGAUGAGAUGGAUCUUGACGACGCGGGUGAGGACGACCCUGCUGCGGACGUUCCUAUGCCCACCGUUGAGGAUGACGAUACAGGUGGCUCAGCCUCAGCCAAGACGCAGCUUCCUUUGCCAGAUUCAUCAGAUAUCCCAAAGAAGAGAGGCCCUGGCAGGCCUCCCAAGAACGGCAUAAGAUCCAAGAGGGAGGAGAGGCUGCUGAGGAAAGCAGCUCUGGAGGAAGCCAAGAAAAACGCCCCACCACCCGUCCCAGGAGAUCCUCCGAUCAAGAGAAAAGUUGGCAGGCCUAGGAAAAAUCCCCUUCCAGAAGGGGCCGAGGACAGGCCGGAGAAGCGCAAGUACAAGCCGCGGAAGCCAAAGAAUGAAGACGGUGAGGCGUCGGAUGGCGAGAAGGCUGCCAGAGAGAAGAGGAAAGAGAAGCACAAGACCCCACCGCUCGAGCUCAAGCGGGAGGACUACACCGAGGAGCAGCUGCAGAAGCCCAACAAGAACUACAGUGUUCUGAUUGACGAGGUUCUCAUGGAGGCGCCACCCGAAGGGUUCACUUUGAAGCAGGUGUACAAGCGCAUCCAGAUGAAGUACCCUUGGUAUUACUUUGAGGUGGAUACCAAGGGCUGGGAGAGUAGCGUGAGGCAUAACUUGAUUGGGAACGAGGCAUUCUACAAGGAUGAUCAUAUGUGGAAGCGUGUUCCUGGCGUGGAAUUGGACGCUGGCAGGAAACGCAAAGCGGGCUCACCGGAUCAAAAGAUGGCCGCUCCUCCCAACAUGGGGGGUGCAACACAAUGGACGUCACAAAUCCCUCAACAACCACAAUACCACGUGGCUCAGGGGUAUUCGCUUGGACCAUCGCCUACCCCUGGUAUGCAGAUGGGCCACGGCUUGCCUCAAACGGCUCAGGCUCCAAAGCAGCCACUGCCACCACAUCAGCCCGCAGGAGUCGUCAAUCAGCAUCCUAUGCCACAGGCCAGCUACCAGGCCCCUUCGGCAUAUCCACAAGCCCCUACUCCAGCUCCAACACAGUUACCGGGCUACAUGCAAGGUAAUACUACGCGACAACCACAGUCUGGGCCGCAGCAACCACCCUACAACCCUGCAUUUACCAAUAAACAGCAGUCAUCAUACGCGCCAGCACCUUCGAAUCAAGCUGCACCCGCUACAAUGAGUACACCACAGCAACAAGCACAUGCACAACACCAGGCACCUCAACAACCGAGACCACAACCCGUCAACUACAAUCAAAACCAAAUGCAAGGGGCCCGAGGAGCUCACCCAGGUGCGAUGGGGUCAAUGCAUCAGAAUUCCGGUGCUCAGCUGGGCGCCAACAGGGCAACGAUGGCAGCUCCUCCGGCUGCCGUGUUGCCUCCACUCAAACCUGCCAUCGAUCCAGAUGUGGCCAACUUCCUCAAGAAUUUCCGCAUUCAAGUGAUCAACCAGCUUGAGAAGAAGGUGCCACAGGCGGCGGAGCUGGUAGCCAUGUCGGUCAUCAACCGUGGCCUAGGGUUCUCUACCGUUUCGAUUGCGCCUGCCAGUGUGGCCACAGUCGAAAAGGUCAUUAUGACGGUGUUUGACACUGCGAGACAGAAAUACCCAAUCCUCGCGGACCCCAAACUCAUUGAGAAACUGACAUCAUUCAAGAAGUUGGGGAUCGACACGCUCAAGGGAAAGCUGGGAGAGGAGAGGUCGGAAGCGCUGGUUCUCUCAGCAAUCAACCGCGUGCUGGGUCUGUGUGAUGCAAGCUUCAUGCAGCCUGCAAACGACACACAGAAACAAGAGAUUGAGCAGGCAGAGGGGCUACUUAUCAAGCUGGCCAAGAACAUUGUACUUGAGUUCCAGAAAGAGGUCGCGGCUGCAUCGGUCGGCGUCGUAGCUGGCAACGGCAGGUAG